AGUUUGUUUUGAAAAAUUACUCGUAUAUUUUCUUUGCUAUUUUGAUAGUUUUCCAAGCAAAAGGAAAAAAUCCACAAAAUUUUUCAAAAAAAUUCGUCCUUUAAAUUAGCAAUGAAUUAUAAUCGUCGCAGGAACAUAUUUACUUUGGGCGAUUUUCAUCAAUAUCCAAAUCCAACACAUCAAAUUAAAGCGCAACACAAUCGACGCCAAAAUUCCGAUCCCUUCGAACGUGAUCCCUUCAAAAUUCAAUCGUACAAUUUCCGUUACGCCGAGCGUCCUUCAUACCCAUUACCGAAUUUGUACAAUAAUCGCGUGCAUUCCACGCCAUCAACGUCGAACAACAAACGGUUUGAGACAUUCUUCUACAAUUAUGACUUCACUCCUUCUGUGCAUGACAAAGAGAAUCCUCCAACAAACAAAUUUCGCGAAUUUCGUCGACGAAAAUUCCUUUUGGAUCACCAACCGCAAAAUACGACAGCAGCAGGUCAACACGCUGCGACAGCAGAUUACCGCGAAUCGUCGUCACUGCAACAAACCCAUAUGCAUCAGCAAUUGCACCCAAUCGCCAAUGCAACAGUCUACGCACGUGUCGGUACAAGCGCCAGUCAAACAGCCAUUGCGUCGGCCGCUAGGACAGCUGCAGCAGCCACAACAACAGCAAAUGCCGCUGGACGUACGAGCCAAUCGCGGCUCGGAUACGAGCGUUUGCGUGGCGGCAGCAUCGAUAGCGGCGGCGUCGGCGGCAACAGGGGCGGUCGGCAUUACCAAACACUUUGCAGUGCCACAGAUUCAAGCAGCAUCGGCACAGCCGCCGGACUGCGUUAUGGACGUGACAAUGUCAGCACCUCGUCGCACAUGUCCGGCCAAAACAAGUACGCUCGCAAAGCGAAUGCGCGCUCUACUGGGAACCGAGAAUAUUUACGUGCACUCGCCACAGCCCACAUUAACGAGUCGGCCAAUCAGCCCAACUACCUUGGUCGGGGGCGUUGCAACAGCCGCACAUCACUUGAACGCGGUCGGCGGCCACGUCUUGAAACCAUGGGUAGCGGGAGCGGGUUUGCGCAAGGUAACAGCACCGUUGACUCCGGCCACGGCAAUGCGAAGACCGCUGGCUCUCGCGAAUUGUCAAGCGCAGGAACGUCGCCGUCGAAAUAUGCUCGACAGCCCAUACAGAUCGUACACUCAGCUUCCCCGAAUCGGGUAACUGCAACGGUGGAGAAGACGGAGGGCGCUUGUUCCGGUUGUCAGAUAAAUAUCAAUAUAAAAGGUUUGGACUCUACACAAUUGGGCGAUAAUGUCGUUAUCAAAAUUGAGUCCGAUAAGCUGACACCCAGUAAGACAAAUACGAAAACCGAACAUACGCCCGUCGUGAGUACGUUAAAUAAUAUUUACAACGGUACCGGUUGUAUGCAAAGUAAUGAUAUCGCUAUCGCAAAGUUGGUGGAAAUUAAACGUAAUUCCGAAAUGAAUCAUAAUCUCGAUAUUAAGCCGAAAGCAGUUGCACAUCAAGCCAGAGCAACAAUGCGUAAUACUUCAUCCUCAUCAUUUGUAAUCGAUAAACGUCUCUCUAAGUUUGCAGUGAACUCAACGGAUGAACGCGAACAGCGCAAACACAAGCCGCGUAGCUCCUCACAUUCCCGCAUACCGUUGUCAUCGUCAACCGCACGCGCGCUCGGUUUUACCAGUUCCAACACUGUACUACGCAAUACGAAUAGCACCGAAGUAAUUCAACGCGCACCGAGAAGUAUCUCCAAAGAACGUAUGCCAAGCAUGGUUCCGUGGUGUUUAGACACCACACUACGGCAUGGAUUUUCACACGACGACGACGUUGCGAAACCAUUGCCGCCCACACAGCCCGCGCCAGUGAUGAAGCCCACAAGACCCUCGUAUGAUGCAACACUAAACGAUGUGCGCAAAAUGCGCCGUCAGGCGGUUGUUGCCGCAUACAAGCCGUUUUCGCUGCAACGCACGUCCCUGUGCUCAUCACUGCGCCCACGCAAGUCGGAAAACUUCAGUGGCGGUAGCAAACCCGGCAGCACAACACCCAGCAAUGAGAUGAACAAGUUGUUGGAGAAAGCACAACAAUGUAAGAAGUCUACUGGCGCUGUUGCGUCCGAUUUCCAUGCCGAGAGCGCGCAACAUCGUCAGUCACAUCACUCGCUGCGUGGCGCAAAAGUGAGCAAAAGCACUUUACGCUCCCAAUCGAGUUCGCAAUUGGAGCUUAGACGUUCGCCCACGAUGAUUAUGCAUCGAAGCCGUUCCAGCAUACGACAGGUGACACAACCAGCGAGCGACAGUCAGAGUCAUGUCACAACACCGCUCAAUGUGAAUAUCAAUGUGUUUGCAGACAAAUUGAAAUUGCUACGUGUUUGAACGAACUGACUGACUGUAGAUUUAUCAGCAACUGUCUCAAAUUAAUGAAACUCCAAGAACGAUCAAGGACCAAGGACGGCGGUUGAACCUUUGAAAUGUGUGGCGUUUGCGUUUGACUUCCUGGGGGAAGUGCAGAAAGACGUUGCGCAUUUGAGGCGUUCAAUUGCCGACACAAUGCCUAGCCACUCUUUGCUCCAUAGUCGUCUUACGCGUGUCGGAAAGCUUAUCGGCGUCUCAACAACAAAAUUAAAUAACCGUUAAUCAUGCAAAUGUUCCUGUUAUUUUCAAAUUUAAAAAGUAACAAAAAUUCUAAAUUAAAUCGAAAUUCAAAUACUAAGAGCCUCUACUUGGGAUUUUGUGGCGAAUUUAAUGCAAUUUAUAUAAGAUGCUAAACGCCAGACAUGUUUGUAAACGAAUUUAUAAGUAUACAAUGGGCAACAUUAUAUAUUUUUAUAUUUUUUUACAAUAACCUUUAAGUUGAAAUAAUGAAAAGAAAAGGCUUUGCGCUAAACAUGGACAUAAUUAAUAAAACAAAAUUUUUGAUGGU